AUGCCCUCGUUCGACCAGCUCACCGAUCCCCCCAAGAAGGGCAAAAUCAUCAAGUCGGCUUACGAUAGUGAAACCUUUGAGGCUGAUGGCACUAUCCACGUUGACGGCCUGGUUGGCUCAGCCACCAUCUCCCCAGCUGGCCGCGAUGUCGCCCUAGCCUCACCCGAUGGACUGGCCAUCAUAGACUUGGAUUCGCCAUAUAGCCCCCCGCGUCGUCUACGGACUCAUGGCCUCCCCUGGCUGGUGGUUGACGUUCAAUGGUCCCCCUUUGCAGCCCGAGACUACUGGAUCGUCUCAGCCGCCAACCAUCGCGCUCUCGUGUGGAAUCUCAAUCGCAGAGAAGACUCGAGUUCUGGCGCUAUUGAGCACUCACUUCAAGGCCACAGCCGUGCAAUCACCGAUGUCAACUGGUCUGCUCAUCAUCCCGAUCUCCUUUCAACCUGCUCAGUAGAUGGAUACAUCCAUGCGUGGGAUCUUCGACGGCCCCGUCAGCCAGUUCUCACCUUUUGCGACUGGACGGCUGGCGCAUCCCAGGUCAAAUACUGUCGCCAAGCUUCUCAUAUUCUUGCCUCAGCCCAUGAUCGAUGGCUUCACAUUUGGGAUGAGCGCCGCUCAUCUGAACCUCUCAAAUCUAUCAAAGCUCACAAGUCAAAGAUUUACGGUAUAGACUGGAACCGAAAUCGGCCAAGUGCAAUUGUGUCAUGCUCCAUUGACAAGAGUAUCAAGUUCUGGGACUACAACGCUGAUGAUCCUCUCGAGCACACCAUUGAAACUGGUUUCCCAGUAUGGAGAGCUCGGCACACGCCCUUUGGACAAGGCGUUGUUGCUAUACCCCAAAACGAGCCUGGCGACAUGUACCUCUAUAGCACCCGGUUCGAAGAAGGAUCCCGUGUGACGUCCAGUCCGGUGGAAGUCUGGCCUGGUCACGGAGACCACAAGGCAAAGGAGUUCCUUUGGCGCUGCCGCGGCGGUGUCACCGAAGACGGGAUGGAUGAUCGCGAAUUCCAGCUCGUCACUUGGGGCACUGACAAUGAGCUCAAACUUCAAUGUAUUGAUCCUCAAACCCUGGCCACCAUUGGUCACACUCGAGGAAUGCCUGCGGCACCGGGCAUCAGUCUCACUCGCAAAGGCGCCACCUACAAGACCUUCCGCACUGUCGAUGAUAGCACGGAUCGCGAUCGCAAGACUGCCACCAUGAGUGAUCAUCGACCUGGCGGCGGCAGCAACUACAGACAAAGCGCCCUGACACUGGGUAUGCGAUCGGGCGCGAGCCAGAACCAUCGUGCCGGCGUGGCAUGGCGAGGCCCUUCGAUGAAGGCCAAGGUCACUUCAGGGAGGGCCCUCGAUCGUAGCCAGUCACAGAUCGGCUGGAUGAAAGGUAUUGCCAUGACCAAGAGGAAAGUCUCGGCGGGCGCAAAACGGCACAUGUCGAAGGACUCGGGCAUCUUUAGUCAUGGGUAUCCUGAUGAUGAAUGGGCUGAGCCGGAUACUAUUCAGGAAGAGCUCUUGCGAGUCAGCACGCAACUUCCCAAAGUGAGAUGGGAGAACAUCGAUAUGGACAAUCUCUCCCUUAACGCCUCGUUGAACGGUCCGUGGGGCGUAGACGGGGAGACCAUCUUCAUCAAGGUCAGAAUCGACAUCCCGGUUGGAUAUCCCAAGGCCAGAGCGCCCAAGUUCUACGUCGAGAGGUCAUCCUUUAUGCCAGCAGCAACUCACAAGAAGAUCGAUCGUGAGAUUCACCAGCUGGCGGAUCGGUUCCUGCAGAGAAAGCAAAACUGUCUUGAAGUGGCUUUUACAUAUCUCCUUGGAGAAGUCGACCUCGAAAGCAGCACCACCUUUUUCAAGAAUGUUCGAGAUCUUGAUGAUGACCUCGACGGACUGGCCGACGAGAGCUCGAGCGAAUCCGACGAGGACAUACCAGCUGGGGGUUCGGCCUCUAUGUCACAAGAGCUUCCACCGCAUGCAGAGAUAGACACUGCACUUGCGCCUCCCAACAGGACUAUUGUUCCACCGACCCCUAGAACGUGCGGUGCUAGGUUCUCGCACAACGGGCGGUUGGUCUGCUUCUUCCCCUCGAAGGAGGAAAAGGCGAGGGCACUGUUUACCACUACCAUGGAUGCAUACAGGGAACGUCCCAAAGGGGAACCCUUCUUCGCGGGCUUUGGUAAGAUCGCCCACGAUCUGGGACCCCGGCAGAGAUUCAUGGCAGAGGACGCAUCCAUGUCCAGUGGUGACUCAGAUUCGUCUGCUUCCGGCUCUUCCUCGUCGUCGUCAUCUUCAAGCGAUUCGGAAUCGACAUCGAUGCACAAGAUCAACCUCUGGUAUCACCCCAGUCGCCAGUUUAGAAAGACGUGGAGUGAGGAUCGGUCAAUACGCUCCAGCGGCGGAGGCACUGGUGUUGGUACCGGCACGGGCACGGGCACCAGUCGUCGAAGACCUGGUCGGCCAAAGAACCUGAUAUCGAUACAUGAUCUCCGAUCGGCGCUGCCGUCCAAGGAAGAGUUUGCUCGCGAGUAUGCCAUCUUUGGCGACGGAGCCGACGUCUGCGAGCACAAUGCCCAAGUAGCUGAAAAGUACGGGGCCAGGGAUCUGGUUGAUGUGUGGCGAUAUCUGGCACUGCUACUGAAGAAGGGUGUCCCGCUUGAAGUGCUUUCCCAUAACCAGAGGCGUGACUCUAUCUUGGUGAUCGCUCACGAUGUGGUAUCGAGGUGUCACGAAGAUGCUCUUCCUCUAGAGUCGGUUGUGGAUAAAGGCAACGGGACUCUGACGGGUAGGGUGAAAUGGGGCCAACACCCUCUGGCCAGAGACUUCAUCAUGGAUCUGUUUUUCUACUUUGAGAGAAUUGCCGAUGUCCAGAUGCUGGCCAUGCUCUCUUGCAUAUUCAGCGAGUCUUCAGCCCGGGACAGUGUGGCCUACUUUGAAUCGCAUCUUGCUCAGCCGGAAACUCCUCUUCCUCUCAAGGCGCCAGCGUUUUCUCUCGACUAUUUCCCGACGGAUGCUUCACUCUGGAACAUCAACAGUCGCAGCUAUACCAACUCUGCCAUCACGACCCCCAUGACUAUCCAUACUCCGGUCCAUUAUGCGGGAUCACAAGCAUCUGACGAUGGUCUCUGGAACGGAGAUCCGGCGUCGAACUCGUACUCUUGCGGAGAAACGCCGCCCAACAAGUUCAAGGACUAUCUUGGGGAUCUUGAGCCACCACCAAGUGUAUCAACAUCUCCAAACACACGCUUCCUGAAUCGCGCAAACUCUGGACUGGCAUCAGCCUUUGCAGCCAACCUGCCUCGUUCAUUUGCCGGCGUGAGCUCAUCAUCCCCGCCAAGUCAUGGGAAGAAGAAGCCGAGCCCGGCAGAGACGAUCCUCAGCAGUCUAGCUCCUGGAAAUGUGACAUGGAGUGCAUCAACGGCGAUGGAUUCGAGCGGGGGCAGAACGUCUCUAGACGAUGACGAGUACCGCAAGGACGACAUGCUGCCGCUGGUUCCUACAAAGAUCUCAGUGUCGAUGGAGGAUCAAACAAUAUUCGACGAUGACGGCUGGCUUAGCACGCCACUCCUUGAAUCCAACCGGGGUGACGUAUACGCCCAUUACCGAUACGCAUACGCCGAGAUGCUGCAAAUGUGGAACCAGCCCCUUGCUAGACUCGAGAUUAUGAAGUUCAACGCUCUCAAGGAGGACGUAACUGGUGGGCACAUGGACGGCAGCUACCCUGACUCUGCUCAUGAUGGGGCGAGCGGGAACGGACCUAUCAACCAUGCCAACUCGCCACCUAUUGCGAUGGGUAAGAAGGACCAGCUUCAGGCCCUGCUCGCAUCCGGCCGUGGGCUUGAUGUGACGGGAGUAUGCCGCAUUCACGAGAUCCAACUCGAACCCAUUCGUUACACCUCAACCGACUCCAAGGUUGGCGGUGCGGUAGGCACAUGCGAGCGCUGCCAUCGGUCUCAGAGCCAGCUUAUAUGCGUUUACUGUCUCGAGCCCGUGGAUGCCCUCUUCCCACCGUGCUUGGCCUGUGGAUGUGCAAGCCACGAGGCAUGCCUGGCGGAAUGGCAUGCUGCUGGCGAGACGCAGUGUCCGGCAGGCGACGAGUGCAACUGCGUCGAAGAGGCAGACGAUGGUCAGGUUGAAUCCUGGGCGGCUCUUCGUGGAGCCGUCUUUAAGGGCCCGAAGCAUCUUCCCAUGUUACCAGGCCCAGCACUAGGCGAUAGUGAUGAUGAAGAGAAGGUGGUUCGUGAGUGGGAGAGAGUCGAGCCAGCUAUACCCACACGGAUGCAGGGGCUCUCAGCUGCUAGUAUUAGCCUGGGCAAUAGGCUGAGGAAGUCAGCGGGCGAAUGGUCAAGGGCUUCAAGCUUGAGGAGGAAUGACCGGAGGAAUCUAAUGUAA